AUGUUGCAUCUUCCUUUUUCCAGCAGUUACUAUGUGGAAGACAUUUCUUAUCUGGACAGAAGUAUUACCAUUAUGGAUAUGAAUGACACCACAUGCCCAAUACAGAGUCUUCUCUCUCUUAACCUCACAGACUCCAAAUUCUCCCUCCUUUAUAGCUACUACAAUCAGAUGUACGCUUUGUGGAAUUGUUCUACGAAGAUUAUAUGGAAUUCUGCACUAGGGCCGUUUGAUUGCAUGACUGAUGAGCGAGGUUUUGUUUAUGGCAUGACAUACGACUGGUCAGUCGACUCGAGGCCCCCAGUUUGCAGCAUGUAUAAAACUGUUAACAUUUCGAUUGAGUUUUGGUAUCAAAAUAAUCAAACUAAAAAGAUAGUUAUAGAAUGGGAAGCCCUUGACGGAUGGUACGACUGCGAAAAAUCAGGGAACUACUGUGGCUUCAACACUACAAGCAAUUCAACGAUCUGUGUUAUAAACCAACAUUAUCAUGGUCAUGGUCGUCUAGUUAAAAUUGCAGUGUCUACAGCCACAAGUGUUGGAGGCAUUGUCUUCUUUGCAUUGGUAAUACUUCUUAUUUACAGAUCCAGGAGAUCUGAAAAGGAAAAAGAAACUCAACUGAAAAUAGAGAAGUUCCUCGAAGACUAUAAGACCCUCACCCUGACCAGAUAUACUUACAGUGACCUGAAGAAAAUAACAGGUAUUAAGCACAGGCUAGGCCAAGGAGGUUAUGGAAGUGUCUUCAAAGGAGAACUCACCAAUGGAAUUCCAGUUGCUGUUAAGAUGUUGGAACAUUCAACAGGAAAUGAAGAAUUUAUCAAUGAAGUUGCUACUAUAGGUAAGAUUCACCAUUUUAACAUUGUUCGUCUUUUGGGAUUUUAUUCAGAAGGGGUUCGACGUGCUCUUAUUAACGAGUUCAUGCCUAAUGGAUCACUUGAGAAGUUCAUAUUCUCAAGUAUAAACAAUUCAAGUCAACGUCAAUUGAGUUCGGAAAAGUUGCGAGAGAUUGCAAUUGGUGUUGCUCGGGGAGUAGAGUACUUGCACCAAGGAUGCAACCAAAGGAUCCUUCACUUCAACAUCAAGCCUCACAAUAUAUUACUUGACCAUAAUUUUCAGCCGAAGAUUUCAGAUUUCGGGCUGGCCAAACUAUGCUCAAAGGAACAAAGUGUAGUAUCAAUGACAGCUGCUCGACGAACUACUGGUUAUAUUGCCCCGGAGCUCUUCUCUAGGAACUUUGGAGAGGUUUCUUAUAAGUCUGAUGUUUUUAGCUACGGAAUGAUGUUAUUAGAGAUGGUUGGAUGCCAACAGAAUAUUGAUCAGUCAAUUGAAAAUCAAAGCCAAAUUUACUUCCCUGAGUGGAUAUAUAAUAAAAUGAGCCAAGGAAACAAGGUAGCUUUAGAAAUUGAGGUAGAUGGAGACGAGAAAAUUGCCAAGCAGCUUGCAAUUGUGGGACUCUGGUGCAUCCAGUGGAACCCAGCAGAGAGGCCUUCCAUGUCAAUGAUAUUACAAAUGCUAGAAGGUGAGUUCAAGAGCUUGGAGAUUCCUCCAAAGCCCUUCGUUUCUUCAGAUGAGGAAAUGGAUGGAAAUUGA